CCCUCCACAUGAACCGCUCUGUUGUCGCUCACUCUCUCUCUUUCUCUUUCCCUCUCGCUCCGUCACACAUGGACUAAAAAAGUUAGACAAACUGGGGAAAGGCGUGGAUGGUUCUUUACCUGCUUCCAUCAGCCACUGCAGAGGGACAGUGAAAAGGGGACCCAGAAGCUGUGGGUUGUCAUGGACACCUUUUUCCGCCGGCACUUUAGACUGAAAGGGGCGGAGCAAUCCCGACACAGACGGCCUGGCGUGGCAGUGCCCACAAGCAAGGCUCGCCGGCGCUCCAGUGUAGGACUGCCCUCUGCUGGCCUGGUCCAACGUAGACGCUCUAGUGUGGGACUGCCAUUCACAGGUCCUGUCGGACACAGAAGGUCCAGUGUAGGCCUGUCGCCGACGGCUCAAGCCCAACGAAGACACUCCAGUGUUGGCCUGCCGUCAGGUUAUGUGGGUCGUAGAUGCUCCAGUGUGGGCUUGGCCUGCGCUGCUCACAAACAACGCAGGCACUCCAGCGAGGUGCAGGGGUUACCCCAGGCCACCGGGGGGCACUGUUGUUAUGGAGGCGGGAAGCUAGUGAGGACCAGAUACUACACCAGGCGUCGCUCCAGCACCACCGUGGCCUGUGUCAACCCCCGCUUCUCUGUCCGCCGCCGGCAAGCCAGCAAGCUCCGCACCAUCGACACCCACCUGCUGGGGCCCUCCAUGCUGCUGGCCAGCCUGGUCCAGAUGAGUGAGGAGCAGCAGAAGGGGGCACCAGAGGCACAGGGCGGUGAGGGGGCGUCAGGAGAGGACACUGAGAGCUGCUGCUCCGAGUCAGAGGGGGACAGCUCCAGUCAGAGAGAGUGUAGCACCAGGUCAGAGGGCAGCGGGAGUGAACGAGAGGGGACUGCGGCAUCAUCAUCAUCAUCAUCAUCAUCAUAUCCAGAGGGAGAGAGGACGUGGGAGGACUGGAAUCAGGCUCAUAGUAUGGCAGCCUUAACGAUGGAGAGCAUCCAGCCCCGGCCCCUGAGCCGCGCCCUGCGCUGCCUGCGCCGUAACUCCUCCCAGCUGCUGCCGGCGGAGGCGGUGCACCGUAGCAGGGCGGUCUACGGUGGGCGCGGGCACUACCCACGCUCCAGCCAGUUACGGAGGCCUUCCAACAGCGCCUGGCCAGGCAGGCUAGUCCACCCACCCAGCCGCAGGAGCUCUAUAGUGGCCUGCCACUCCUCCCGUUCCCUGUAUAGGAACUGUUCCACCUGCUGGAAACCCAGGGGCCGCAGGGAGUCCCUCAGCCCCCUGCAGGGCAUCUACUAUGACCCCCGCCUGGAGACUUGGAGUGGGUUCGUCUCGAAGGCCAUCGCUAAAUCGGGUCUACAGCACCUGUCUGCCCAGCCCAGUGCCUCAGCCCUGGCCAAGUUUGACCCAGACAGGGAGAUCCGGAGCAGCUGUGACUGGACCGAGAACGCCCUGUAUGGGGAGCACAUCUGGUUUGAGACCAAUGUCUCUGGGGACUUCUGUUACGUCGGAGAGCAGCACUGCUUCGCCAAGACGCUGCAAAAAUCUGUAGCCCGGAAAAAAUGUGCAGCCUGCAAGAUAGUGGUUCACACAAUCUGCAUAGAGCAGCUAGAAAAGUUAUUCGACACCGAGGCUAUGCCAAAUGAAGCCAGCCUGCUUAUCGAAGACCCCACCUUUAGAAUAAACUUUAGGUGUAAACCGUCAUUCAGGGAAUCGGGGUCUAGGAAUAUACGAGAGCCAGUCCUCCAAAGACAAGGCGCUCUAAAGGGCCAGAGGCGGAUGGCUAACUGCAUGGCCAUCCCUUUCCUGAGCCAGUCCCAGCCCACCGUAGUGCGGCACCAUUGGGUGCACCGGAGGCGCCAGGAUGGGAAGUGUCGGCAGUGCGGGAAGGGUUUCCAGCAGAAGUUUGCCUUUCAUAGCAAAGAGAUUGUGGCCAUCAGCUGUUCGUGGUGUAAACAGGCAUACCACAACAAGGUGUCCUGCUUCAUGCUGCAGCAGAUCGAGGAGCCCUGCUCCCUGGGUGCUCAUGCCUCUGUCAUCGUACCCUCUACCUGGAUCCUCCGGGUCCGCAGACCUCAGACCUCACUAAAGUUGAGUAAAAAGAAAAAACGGACCUCGUUUAAGCGCAAGUCCAGCAAAAAGGGAGUAGAGGAGGCGCGCUGGAAGCCCUUCAUAGUUAGACCCAUUCCCUCUCAGCUUAUGAAGCCGCUGUUGGUGUUUGUCAACCCGAAGAGUGGGGGGAAUCAGGGAGCCAAGAUUAUCCAGUCGUUCAUGUGGUACCUGAACCCCCGCCAGGUAUUUGACCUGAGUCUGGGAGGUCCCAAGGACGGGUUAGAAAUGUACCGUAAGGUGCAUAACCUGAGGAUACUGGCAUGCGGAGGUGAUGGCACGGUGGGCUGGAUCCUGUCUGCUCUGGACCAGCUCCAGUUGAACCCCCCGCCUGCAGUAGCCAUCCUGCCUCUGGGGACAGGCAACGACCUGGCCAGGACCCUCAACUGGGGUGGUGGUUACACAGAUGAGCCGGUGUCUAAGAUCCUGUCUCAUGUAGAGGAUGGGAACAUCGUCCAGCUCGACCGGUGGAAUCUAGUAGUGGAGCCCAACCAGGAUGCUGGUGCAGAGGAGAGGGAUGAGCAGCAGACCGACAAGCUCCCCCUCGACGUCUUCAACAACUACUUCAGCCUCGGCUUCGACGCACACGUGACACUAGAGUUCCACGAGUCUCGAGAGGCCAACCCUGAGAAAUUCAACAGCCGCUUUCGGAACAAGAUGUUCUACGCAGGGACGGCCUUCUCAGACUUCCUCAUGGGCAGCUCCAAAGACCUAGCCAAACACAUCAAGGUCGUGUGCGACGGCACCGACCUCACCUCAAAGGUUCAGGAUCUGAAGCUGCAGUGUUUGGUGUUCCUCAACAUUCCCAGAUACUGUGCUGGUACCAUGCCAUGGGGAAACCCAAGCGAGCACCAUGACUUUGAGCCACAACGGCACGACGACGGCUGCAUUGAAGUUAUCGGCUUCACCAUGACCUCUCUGGCAACACUGCAGGUCGGAGGUCACGGUGAGCGGCUGAACCAGUGCAGAGAGGUGACCCUCACCACCUACAAGUCCAUCCCCAUGCAGGUAGAUGGGGAGCCGUGCAAGCUAGCCCCCUCCACCAUCCGGAUCUCCCUGAGGAACCAAGCCAACAUGGUGCAGAAGGCCAAGAGGAAGACCUCUAUACCACAGCUCAACGACCAGCAGGCCUUCCCGGAGAGAUUAAGGAUCCGGGUGAACCGUAUUAGCAUGCACGACUAUGAGGCCCUGCAUUACGACAAGGAGAAACUUAAAGAAGCCUCUAUCCCGCUGGGCCUCAUCGUUGUCCCGGGAGACAGUGACCUGGAAACAUGUCGCUCCCACAUCGAGAGGCUCCAAGAGGACUUCGUCUCCAUUCAUCCCUCCUUCAAGCGACUGGUGCUCCAGGAGGAUGAGGGAGCUAAGUCAAAGACCCUUUCCUCGCAGAAGCUUUCGCCAAAGUGGUGCUUCUUGGACUCCACAACUGCAGAUCGAUUUUACAGAAUUGAUCGUGCUCAGGAACACCUAAACUAUGUGACCGAGAUAUCCCAAGACGAGCUCUUCAUCCUGGACCCUGAGCUGGUCGUCACGGAGACGGUGAGCACCUCACCAAGGAUGCCUGAUCUGGUUGAUUCUUCUGGUGAAUUCCCGGAGGCGUCUCCCAAGUUUGGAUUCCCAUCCUCCUCCUCCUCUUCUCCUCCCCCCUCACCGGGACCCAGUCCCACCAGCCCACACUCAGACAGCGAGGCUAUGGCCGUCAGACACAAGAAAUCCCACUUCUUCUCCUCUCACUCCGGCUUCCCCUUUCCUGUCAGGAAGAGGAUCAUGGAGCUCCAGAAGACCACUCAGAGGAAGCGAAUAUCCAGCGACAGCUCGGUGGUGGAGGCACUGGCACACAACGACUCUCUCAGGUCCAGUAAGCCUGCCCUCACCAGGGCCGGAUGUAUCCAUCGGUCUAACACUACUGCAGCUGAGAUCAACCCAACAUUGAGGUCGGAGAAGAAUACACUGUGCAAUACAGACAAAGUAUCACCAGAAGUGUUGAUUGAAUGUGUGAAGAGCAAGGACCAUCUGAAGCUGAAGGAGCUGCACAAACUGGGAGCCGACCUGUCACUGCAGGACCCCUCAGGAUGCACCCUGCUCCACUAUGCUGUGGACACUGGUAGCAAGGACACUGUCAAAUACAUCCUGGACAAUGCACCCACAGAUAUCCUGGAUGUAACAGAAAAAGAAAAUGGGGAGACAGUGUUGCACAAAGCAGCGUCACUGUGUCAGAGGACUAUCUGUCACUACCUGGUAGAGGCAGGGGCAUCCCUCAUGAAGACAGACUUACAGGGUGACACACCAAAGCAUCGUGCAGAGAAGGCCAAGGAUGCAGAGCUGGCUGCCUACCUGGAGAACCGGCAGCACUACCAGAUGAUCCAGAGAGAGGACCAGGAGACAGCCGUGUGACUCUGCUCCUUGACCUCCAGCACCACUUCCCUAUCACCUAACCCUGUGCCAAACCUACUUUAGCUAAAAAAAAAAAAAGUAAACUCGCCGGAGAAGACGGUCAAAAGGUAGCCAGUGUUGUAUUCUCCUGCCAGGGAGUUGGUUGGAGUUCUACCAGAUGAGAGACUCGUCAGAUCCACCAUGUGAGAUGAUUGUGACCAGUGGACUUGAUUAUUGCACUGCCCCCCCCCCCCCCCCCCCCCCAAAAAAAAGCGGAUGUUUUGUGUCGGAACGCUUGGAAGAGAUGGUUCUUCUGUUUCAUUUUUCCCCCCAGCUUGUGUUGCGCUUGCGAUCCACCUAGACUGAAUGUUGAAAUGGUUAUGUAGAGAAUUGUGCUCCAAGGUUUUAGGACAGGGGCCUGGCUAAUUGAAUGUCUAGGUAAUUGUAUUAUUAUACGCUCCGAUGGAGCUGUAUCUCUCGGUGUUUAUAAAAGCAGCAUGAGCGUUUCAACCGUACGGAUCACAAUGAGGGUUCAAAAGGGUAUUAACACUCUGAUCUGUAGGCCAGCUGUCUUUAAGGCUACCAAAAAUGUCAUUAUUUUGAUGACGUUUUUAUUUGUUUAUAGUACUGCUGUUGAUUUCUUUAUUUUUUAUUUGUUGACUGAUUUGUCCACCCAUAAUGCAGUGUAAUGGGAUAAAACUAUCCACGAAAGUGGGGGAUUUUUUACGUAACACUUUUCUCAUUACCAAACGAUUUGAAUUGAAUACAUCAAUGUUGUUCUACUUUAUGAUCACUUGGCAAAUGUUUAUUUUAUUUCUUAAAGUGUUAAUAAGGAUAUUUGGUACUGUACACUUAUCGUAGUAGCUCUGUGUUCAAGCAGUUUAUGCACUGCAGCUCCAAUUGCCUUGAUUUUCUUAUUUUGUUGGCUGAUUCGUUUGUAUUUAAUGUACUUAAUUAAGUCAUGGUGUAUUUUUAUAGCAUUUUUAAGCAGAUUGAUGUUUAUAUAAUUUGUACAUAUUAUAAAUUUAACAGUUUUGUGUUUGGUCAUUAUUUACUAUAAAAUGUGCGUUUUAUAUGUAUUUGUUUCAGAACUACAAAGCAUUUCUUCUCUCGUAUUGUUACAGAAGUCAAAGACGUAUUUAUUCACCUCAACGUUUUUUUUUACCGAUUAUGUUCAGCGAACUCAAAAAUGUUCCAACGGUUUGGGUUGUAAAUUUACAAAGUGUUUGUUGUUGUUUUUUUUACAUAAAAAAAUUAUAAUUUGUCUAAAUAAUAACCAUCAAUUUGAGGUUGCUAUUUAUUUUCAAUAGUUAUAAUCUCUGUUAAAAUAUGGCUGGUCAUUUAAAACAGAAAUAGAAUCAAACUUAAGUUAUAAAGACCUGUGAUGGUGUUCAUGUUACAUUUGUGUAGGGGAAGGAAUUGGUCUCAUUCCAAAAGCUAUCCUACUGUAUAACUAGCUAACUAGUUUAAUGUAGAGCCACAGUAACUGUAUUUUGUCAGAUUGAAAUUAGUUGUUUCUCUCGAUGUUUUCUUUAAAUGAUUUAAUCGCUAAACAUACUUGUAAAACAUACUUGUAAACACGUUAACAAGGUACACUAUUUCAUAUGCACAUUUUUGCUGGAUUCUAUUUGUUGUCAAAAGUUUCUAGUUUUGACCUUUAAACAAUCCAUCAUGCCUACUAAGAUGCAUUUCAUUGUAAAUCAUUGCUGUUCUCUAUUAUGGCCAGAUACAUGAAGAAAUGGAGCACUGAAUCAGCUUCUGUGAUAGUAAAUGUGUUGUCAGUGAAAGGCCUCUAGUGUUUCUAAUGCCAGACUGAAGAUAACAACAUAUUUUUUAUUUGAUUAUGAAAAGUAAAUUAAUUGUUUAGUUCUACAUCGGUUAUUACACUUCAUACAUAAUCAUAUGUUCCCACAUCCAUUUUUUGGGGGUACACUUUUUUUUUAUUGAAUUUUUAACAAUAGAAAACAUACACAUACGAAACGACAACACACAGACGCACACAAACAUCCAUAACAUCACCCCUGCCCAGACCCACCUGCUCACACCCCCAUCUUCAGCACCCGCAUCACUCUCCGCCACACAGCCUCAAACUGCACUAUUUUGUUUCAUGGUCACACUGAUUGUCAGUAUUUUCAUUUUCAAUAAUGAAGACAGUAGGCCCCCAUUUAGUUGACUUCACUAUAACUGAAAUAUUAUGUUAGCCUUGAGGCUGAGAAGAUUGGAUAUCAUCAUUUGAGGCAUUUAUGAUUAUACUGCAUACUGAAAGAGGUGCAUAUUUGAUCAGGUUAUGUAACAUAUAUCCUCCUGUUCAGAGACUGACAUGGAUUUAUAUAAUUUGGAUGUAUAUUAACAUCAGGUUUUUAUUGAAGCCUAUCUACCUGCACUAUUUUCUAUGUUUUAUGUAUUUGAGGAUCCCAGUUAAACAACUGUAGUUCACUGUGAUCUUGGAAAGUACACUGUGGGAUCAUUUAUAACAGGGUUUUUCCCAACUUACAGUAUAUAUUUGUCCAUUUCCAAUGGAAAUGGAGAUUAAAACAGCAUUAGGAUAUUCACAUUUAUCAGAGGUUUUCUAAAUCAGUUUUCAGUCUCAUACCAUUGGCGAUCCUGAUUAUGUAGUAUGCACAGUGCAUGUUAUCGUUGAUUUGACAGACUCUUAUGGAGGCCUUGCAUGAUCUUUCCUCGAUGAGAUGAAUUGUGCCACAAAACACAAAAGAAUACAUUCUUGUAAAUGUCUUUUAUUUUAUUUUUGUAUUCUUUCUUCUUUUUUUUACUUAUACAGGUAAGUCGAUUUAAGAUUUUUUUAUUUAUUUAAAAUGACGACUUGUCAACAAUAUUGAAUCAAUUAUGAAAUGGUCAGAUUUCUAAUGAACAUAUACAGUGCUUUCGGAAAGUAUUCAGACCCCUUGACUUUUUCCAAAUGUUGUUACGUUAUGGCCUUAUUCUAAAAUGGGUUAAACAGUUUUUUUCCCUCAUCAAUCUCCACACAAUGCCCCAUAAUGACAAAGCAAGUAUCACAUUUACAUAAGUAUUCAGACCCUUUACUCAGUACUUUGUUGAAGAACCUUUGGCAGUGAUUACAGCCUCAAGUCUUAUUGGGUAUGCCGCUACAAGCUUGGUACACCUGUAUUUGGGGAGUUUCUCCCGUUCUUCUCUGCAGAUCCUCUCAAGCUCUGUCAGUUUGGAUGGGGAACGUCGCUGCACAGCUGUUUUCAGGUCUCUCCAGAGAUGUUCGAUCGGGUUCAGGUCUUGACUCUGGCUGGUCCACUCAAGACAUUCAGAGACUGGUCCCACAGCCACUCCCGCGAUGUCUUGGCUGUGUACUUAGGAUCGUUGUCCUGUUGGAAUGUGAACCUUCGCCCCAGUCUGAGGUCCUGAGCACUCUAGAGCAGGUUUUCAUCAAGGAUCUCUCUGUACUUUGCUCCGUUCAUCUUUCCCUCAAUCCUGAUUAGUCUCCUAGUCCCUGCUGCUGAAAAACAUCCCCACAGCAUGAUGCUGCCACCACCAUGCUUUGCCAUAGGGAUGGUGCCAGGUUUCCUCCAGACGUGACACUUGGUAUUCAGGCCAAAGAGUUCAAUCUUGGUUUCAUCAGACCAGAAAAUCUUGUUUCUCAUGGUCUGAGUCCUUUCGGUGCCUUUUGGAAAACUCCAAGUGGGCUGUCAUGUGCCUUUUACUGAGGGGUGGCUUCCAUCUGUCCACUCUACCAUAAAGGCCUGAUUGGUGGAGUGCUGCAGAGAUGGCUGUCCUUCUGGAAAGUUCUCCCAUCUCCACAGAGGAACUCUGGACCUAUGUCAGAGUGACCAUUGGGUUCUUAGUCACCUCCCUGACCAAGGCCAGCUCUAGGAAGAGUCUUGCUGGUUUCAAACUUCUUCCAUUUAAGAAUGAUGGAGGCCACUGUCUCUUGGGGAACUUCAAUGCUGCAGAAAUUGUUUGCUACCCUUCCCCAGAUCUGUGCCUCAACACAAUCCUUUCUCGGAGCUCUAUGGACAAUUAAUUCGACCUCAUGGCUUGUUUUUCUCUCUGACAUGCACUGUGGGACCUUAUAUAGACAGGUGUGUGCCUUUCCAAAUCAUGUCCAAUCAAUUAACUUUACCACAGGUGGACUCCAAUCAAGAUGUAGAAACAUCUCAAGAAUGAUCAAUGGAAACAGGAUGCACCUGAGCUCAAUUUCGAGUCUCUUAGCAAAGGGUCUGAAUACUUAUGGAAAUAAGUUUUUUUUUUUUUAUAUAUAUAUAUAUAUAUAUACAUCUGCAAGGAUAAAAAAUGAAAAGUUUUUGCUUUAUCAUUAUGGGGUAUUGUGUGUAGAUUUAUGAGAAAAAAUAUACAACCCGUUUUAGAAUAAGGCUGUAACGUAACACAAUGGGGAAAAAGUCAAGGGGUCUGAUUACUUUCCGAAUGCACUAUAUGUCCAAACCUACCACUGGAAUUGAACAUACCAAAAUGUACAGAAGAAAACGUUGCUCAAACAUUUUACAUUCUAAAAGUCAGAGACACUUGUUGAAAAAGUAAGAUUGCUCAUGAUUAAUCUUGACAUGACUAUCUAAGGAGCGAUGGAUUUAUUAAUAAUCAUGCCUCAUUUGAUAUCCUGGUGAAAGUUGCCUUGGAAACUAAAGACAGCAUCUCUCCACAGCAUCUUAUCUAUCGUCUAUGAUCUCUGAUUUGAAGCAGUAUUUUUUCGGUGUUUAAGUUUCAUCAGAAAAUAUUUUGACAACAGCAGAGGAAAGACAAAACGGAGCAUGUAGUACAAAGUUACCUCUUGAAAUUGAGUUGAAUAACCUCAGCUUUACAGUAGUAAAUUUUGUGCGCUUGUACUACAGUAUACAGAUUUUAAUCUGGACUAGAGACUUGCUGUCACAUCCCAAGCUAUUUUUUGACAAGUCCGUCGCUCCAUAAAGAGUUUUGCUGUUGUCAUGUAAUUUUCUGUACAUUAACUCAACCAUUUUGACAUCUCCCAUUGUCACCGUAGCUUUGUGUAGUGCCUUUACCCAUAGCUCACGUUGAACCGAAAAUACAAGGCUAUUAUUAUCCGACACUAUUUCAUGUCAUGAGCUCUAUCCUGUUAUGGGGUGUGCAAGAAAACACUUCCCAUAGGUGUUAUCACCAAAUAAUUAAUUUUCUAUUUGAAAUGACACAUUCCACAACAUAAUAUUUUAAAUGCUAAUUUAAAGAUGCGGUAUGGCCCCACUUUCCAUGUUGUCAAUUACUGCAAAGAGCACCCUCUCCCAUCAUUUCCGUAUGUCCAGUUAUUUUAAAAGUACUAUAUUCAGUAGAAAUCCAGACGUUGAAUUACAUACAAGUGGAAAGUGCUAUUUGGAAUGGCAGGAGCGUGGAACUACCAAUGUUAUAACUGCAUUAAUGCAAAACUUUAUUCGUUUUGCAUGAGUGCAAUGCAGGCAUGGGGCUUUCAGUGAUUGAAUGGGGUCAGACAACUUAAAUGCCUCUGACAUUUUUAAGGGAGCUCCAGUAGAACAAGGAAUGGUAGUUUAUGUAUAUUAUCUGUGCUUUAUUUUGAGUUGCUGUGCAAUUCAGGUGUGAGAGUAUCACAAUUAAAACAAAUAAAUAAAUAGAACAUUUAAAUGACUGUGCAAUAUCGUUUUUUUCUUUAUUCCAUUUUUUUAACUUCAUAUAAAUAGUGACCAAAACGUGAUGGACAGACUGGUGUGCAAUGUUGACGAUAUCAAUCUGUAUAUUUGUUUCUAUUGGCUGAUUUUUGGUUUUGUUUGUUAUUGUCUGCUUGGGGGGAAAAAAUAAUAAAGGAUGGUACUUAAACAA